AUGGCGCAUACGCUCGCGACCUUUAAGCCGGUGCUUAAGCAGCUCGUGCUGAGCAUCUCGCCACCCCCGCCUCCUAGCGGCUCGCUUCGUCCUGCCGGCCCCAAGCUGACAGAUGAAGAGCUCGAGACGCUCCUCGCGCACCUGGCCGAUGUGGAAUUCACGGGGGAUGCACAGAACAGUGCCGCGAUCGGCGCUGCGCUCACGGCGCUGCGCGUCACUGGGCUCGACAUGGCUCCUCGCACUUUGGCUUUUAUGCGCGAGACGCUGCUGAAGCUCGCGGCGCCGAUGUCGCUCCCCCCCGCACGGCCUUCCGCCGCGUCGUCCUACGGCGGGUUUGUCGACAUGGUCGGUACCGGCGGCGACGGCAAGGAUACCUUUAAUGUCUCUACCACUGCCUCGUUUGUUGCCGCGGGUGUCGAGGGGAUGCGCGUGUGCAAGCACGGCGGCCGUGCGUCGUCCUCGACGUCGGGCUCGGCGGAGCUGCUCAUUGCGCUGGGCGUGCCGCUGAUGGACGUUGCGCCGGCGGAUAUGGCGCCCUUGCUCGAGUCGCUCGCAUGUACAUUCCUCUUUGCGCCCAAGUUCCACAGCGCCAUGGCGCCGCUUGCGCCGAUCCGCGCGUCGCUCGGGUUUCCGACGCUCUUCAACAUUCUCGGCCCCUUGAUCAACCCCGCACGGCCUGCGCGAGGCGUCUAUGGCGUGCACUCGUCGGGCCUUGGCGAGACGUAUGCAAACACGCUGCGUCUUGCCGGCAUGGAACAUGUGUGGGUCGUCUGUGGCCAAGAGGGGCUGGACGAGAUCAGUCCGUCGGGCCCCACGGAUGUCUGGGAGGUGAAGGACAACCGCGUGGAGUACAAAGUGGUCUCGCCUGCUGAUUUCGGCCUGCCCACUCACCCUCUGGAGGAUGUGCGGUGCGGUACAGCGGCACAAAAUGCCUCGGUCGUCGUGCGCUUCUUUACCGAUGCGACGCUGCCUGCCGACGAAAAACUCAAAGAGCCGCUCAUUGUCGAACCCGACUCGCCUGCGACGCGCCUCGAGCCGAUCCCCGAAGGAGUCAACCUCGGCGCGAUCUACGACUACACGCUCAUUCAAGCGGCCUCGGUGCUGUACGUUGCCGGCUUUGGCAACGGCAACCUGAAGCAGUGCACCGAGCUCGCGCGCGAAUCCAUCCGCAGCGGCCACGCCGAGCAGAGCCUCAAGGCCCUGCGGGAAACUAUGCUCAACGCUCGUUCCUAA